AUGACCCAAAUCCUCGAGCUCGGGUGGAUCCCUGUCAAACAGGACUACGAGGAUUCUCCCGUCACCAAGUCUAUCAAGGAACUGCACUCAAAGGUCAUCGGCAGCUCCGAUCUGCUCGGCCAAUGGGAAGGUGUCCAAGGUCCUGGCGGAUUCGAUGGCAGCCCGGUCAAGAGUGUCCACUUGGCUGCAGUCUGGACCUCCGUCGAAGCUGCAGAUGCCGCGAAGCAAUCACCAGAUGGUCUUGAGAUGAGGAAGCUGUGGGGCCAAGUCAUUGAGAUGUCCAGCCCUUCAGGCCCUGUACUACCCUGGACAGGAUACUUCAACUUGGGCGGCGGGGACUUCGGCAAAGUCGCUGCAUCUAAUGUCGUUCUGUUGACCGGGUCGUAUCUGCCAGUUGAUGCUGACACUGCGGCGUUCGAGGAGAAGUGGCAGUCAAUGAUGCGUGCCCAGGCAAGUUCGGGUGGUGUCACAGCUGGUUUCUUAGCCGGUGUGCACGGAUGGUCUGCUGGAGAAGUCGUAUACAAGGGCGAGAAGAAGAAGGCGUUUAUGGUUGUGACUGGAUGGGACAGCGAGGAGAACGUGAAGGCGGCGAUCGGUGGGGACAAGAGAGCCAAGUUUGAAGAAGCGCUGAAAGAGUUCAACAUUCAACAACAGGAACAUCGCGCUCCCGAGAUGAACAAUUCCAAGCGAUCUCGGGCAGAUGCAGGUUGGUUCUCGGUCGGCCUCGCCUCCUCAUUUCCCGAUCUCGGCUCCGACGACGGCAACCUAUCAGAUCUUCGCUUCUGCAACACCGACCUGAAGCCGGGAUGCAAGGUGUUCCACGCGCCGAAAGCGACCGGCUCGGUGCAGCAGAGCACGGAAGUGGACAUCUCGCCUGAUGCAUUGGAGAAUGCGGAGAUGGAGGGCGACUUGAAGGACCAGGUGAUGGUGUUCCGGUUCAAGGGGAAGUUUCACGCGAUUGAUCAUAAAUGCCCUCAUUCAUCAUAUCCUCUCUCUCAAGGAGUUCCAUUCGAUAUUGAAGACUUCGGCAUUGUGCUCAGCACUGGAGUGACGUGUCCAAAGCACAGCUGGUCCUUUGACCUGACGACCGGAAUGUCAGACCGGGCGAGGUACAAGCUGGGAGUCUGGGAAGUGCAGCUGCGCGAUGCUGCUGGCUCUGCGAUUAUGGUCACCGCAGAUGACAAAAGCCCGGACACCCCGGAGAAGGAGGUUUGGGUGAGGAGGAAGCAGCGAAUCGGUUAG